CCAGAAAACGAGACGCAUGGCUUAUCUUUCAAUGAAGACAGAUCACCCACACCUAGACCUAACCUAAACAUUUUACAAGGGUACCAACACCAUUCUAAUUUGAGCAAUCUAGAACCAAGACAUGAUUCUUUGAUCGAGAGUGAAGAAUUGAACGGUGCACAGAGAAGAGCUCAGGUUGAUUCACAGUUCAGUUUUCAUCAGGGUCAUCGGGAUACAAUGACCACAGAAGAAUGGAACACGUAUGUCUCACAAUUUGGUGCAAGAGCCAGUUCGAUGGAUGGAUCUAAUGAAGUUCAUUCACCAUUCUUUUCUGAAGAAAGUAAUGGUACGAAAGAAGAAGAAGAAGAAGAAGAAAGUCAUAGGUUAAGGAAUUUUGAUGGGUUUGAUGUGGAUGGGUUUGAUGAUCGGUUGGAUCGGAAUGUUUUGGGUGGAUCUGGUCUGGGGAAUGAUCAACUUGAUGAACUUAGUUUAAGGGAUGAAACUGAUUAUAGUCGUAGGAUUUUGACGGUUAGUAAUCCUGAUGAUCAAGAUUGAUGGACCAAGUAUUUUGUUUUUUUCUUUGAAUCUUUUAUUGAUGGAUCAGUAAGGAAAUCUUUCAAGUUAGAUUUUCAAUUCUUUUAGUCUGAUCAUCUUUUUUUCCUUUUCUCUUAAAAUUCUUUGAUCGUUUUUAUCUUACUCUUACGCUUUUAUUUAAUUCUUUUUUUGUUUGAUUUAUUUCUUUUUUGGGGGUGGUUUGUUUAUCUUCUUUGGGGGUGGUUUUGGUUUCUUUAACUUGGUUUGCUUUUUUUGCUUUUGUAUGUAUCAGUUUAUAUGAGAUUAUAUGGUAAUUUGAAUCGAGUAUUGUAGAAUGUAAUUAAUUUAUGAAUUGGUUUGAUUGGUUGGUGGUUUACAUGAUAAUAAAAUAAUGGUUGUAAGAUGAUUUUUAAUAAGAUACAUGAUGAUUUUUAAU